CUGGAAUGUUGGCUCUGAGUCCUGCGUUUAUCUGAUGUCCACCUGCGUGAAAAGAGCAGUGAGAGCAGGUGAGUGGCAGCAUGAGUAGUGGGUGUGUCAUACUGCGUGGCAGUAGGCUACUACAUAUAGGCCACAACAAACUGGUGAAACGGCUUUUGGUUUACACAAAGCAGGGGAGCAACAGUGAAGCCUGUACGGGCUGCUGUGUGCACUCAUCCCGUUAUAAUCAUCUGUUAUAUUUUACAACCAGGGACUUUGCGCCGACUGAGCAAUGAAUUUCAAGAACCUGAGGGAGUACCUGGCUUGGCUGUACUACCAGUACCUCCUCAUCACUGGCAUUUAUGUACUGGAACCAUGGGAAAAAUCCAUAUUCAACUCUGUCCUCUUCUCUGCCAUCGCCAUGGUGAUCUACACUUCCUAUGUCUUUGUGCCCAUCCAUGUGCGGCUGGCACUGGAGUUUUUCUCAGGUAUAUUUGGGGGUCAGCCGGAGAGCACUAUGGCACUGAUGAACUAAAACUAAAACAAGACAUGGAUAAAAGAUGAAACCAUUCAGACAACCUUGUAACAUGAUAAAGCCCUUUAACACAACUAAUUUCUUCCACUGCAAUCAAAACUAAAACCAUGAAGAACUGAAAUGCCUCUUCAACUGGACACACUUCGGUUCACUUUCUCUAUCCCAGUCCCCCAUUCUUCACUGUGUUGUGUCCUGUAUGAAUGCACAUGUUUUGUGCACGAUAAGGACAUUUGGAUUUCAGCUUGCACAUCCCAGUCUGAAGCAGUUGUCUCCUGUGUAUGGGUUUUCCAUGGAUAUCUGUGCAGACAAACGAAUGAUUGCGAUAACUGAUAAGAAAAGCUCUGUGUCCUCAUUCCAUGUCUACCACGCACUUGCAUUAUUGAGUAAAUGUUUUUGUAUCAAAAAUACUUGCAGCACUGCUGUGAAGCAGGUAGUACAGACCUGCCUAUGCAUGAUUGUUUUGUGGUUUAUUCAAAAUAGUGUCAUGCAUACAGCCCUAUAGAUAGGCGUUAUGCAAAGAUCAGAAACACAUUUGGAUUAGGGAUUUUUGAGACUUUUGUAUUUGUCCCAAGCCUAAACUGUUUUCCUGUUCAAAGAGAGUAAUAGCCCAUAGAAAUCACAUUGAUUUGUGCAAUGCCGAGCCCUCUUUAUCUAUGAUCACUAAAGUCUUGGUAUGUUGGGAAGGUGUGACAGCACUGAGCAAUAGCAAAUAUUGAUAUACCACACCUUUGUAUUGAAGGGCUGACAUUAGAUCUAGCAUGAGGUAAUAGCAUAUAAACUGUUUUUUUUAAUCAUGUUUAUUGUGGAUGGCAGCAGGAAUUGCUUCCUAUAGUUGAGCUAUAGGUACAUAUGGAGUAUGUAUUAUAUUUUGUGUUUGCAAAAUGUCAUGAGCAUUUUUAAAAAUUUGAUUGUUUUGUUGUUGUUGUUGUUUUUUACUCUGUUGCUCCAUAAUGUUAGAUAAGUUAACUUUAUUUAUGGAUUCAAAUAUUUAUAAACUGGUAAAUGCUUGGCUGGUUACAAUGUCAAUUACCAAAAACAGUUAUUGUAAAUGUAAAUAUGUGUGUACGUGUAUUUUUUUUUUCCCUCGUGGCCAAAAUAACAGUCUUUACAAAAUGCAGUUCCUUAUAUGCUUCCUAAAAGUACCAUUUCCUCAUCCUAUGUCACAUGCACAUAAAGUUUUACAUUUUUGUAAUAAAAACAAUUUAUCUUAAAAACCAUUCCUUAUUAAUGCAAAGUAGAGCUUUUCACUUUCAGAAACAAUCAAA